UCUAUUUAUAUGGGGGAAGCCUUCAUUCUCAACCAGUAGAAGAAAGAACAAGGUUUACUGCUUUCUCAAAUCUUCUUACCUUAAGAGUAAAAAUGAGGGAAAUCGUGCAUCUUCAAGCUGGACAAUGCGGCAACCAGAUCGGAGCCAAGUUCUGGGAGGUUAUCAGUGAUGAGCAUGGUAUUGAUCCCACCGGCACAUAUCAUGGCGACAGCGACCUCCAGCUCGACAGGAUCAAUGUUUAUUACAAUGAGGCAUCAGGAGGCAAAUACGUGCCCCGUGCCGUGUUGGUGGAUUUGGAGCCUGGUACCAUGGACUCUGUGAGAUCCGGACCCUUCGGUCAGGUCUUCAGGCCAGACAACUUUGUUUUUGGUCAGAGUGGUGCAGGGAACAACUGGGCUAAAGGCCACUACACGGAGGGAGCGGAGCUGGUAGACUCUGUCCUGGAUGUCGUUCGCAAAGAGGCCGAGAGCUGCGACUGCCUGCAGGGCUUCCAGCUCACCCACUCUCUCGGUGGCGGCACUGGCUCCGGCAUGGGCACCCUCCUUAUCAGCAAAAUCCGUGAAGAGUAUCCCGACCGCAUCAUGAACACCUUCAGUGUGGUGCCUUCACCCAAAGUGUCCGAUACUGUAGUAGAGCCAUACAAUGCCACGCUGUCUGUCCACCAGCUGGUCGAAAACACAGAUGAGACCUACUGUAUCGACAACGAAGCACUGUACGACAUUUGCUUCCGCACCCUCAAACUCACCACACCCUCAUACGGUGACCUCAACCAUCUCGUCUCCGCCACAAUGAGUGGAGUCACCACUUGCCUCAGGUUCCCUGGCCAGCUCAAUGCAGAUCUGCGCAAGCUGGCCGUAAACAUGGUGCCCUUCCCUCGUCUCCACUUCUUCAUGCCUGGCUUCGCUCCUCUCACCAGCAGGGGGAGCCAGCAGUACCGCUCCCUCACCGUACCAGAGCUCACGCAGCAGAUGUUCGACUCCAAGAACAUGAUGGCCGCGUGCGACCCGCGUCACGGCCGCUACCUCACAGUCGCCGCCAUCUUCCGUGGCCGCAUGUCCAUGAAGGAGGUGGACGAGCAGAUGCUCAACGUUCAGAACAAGAACAGCAGCUACUUCGUCGAAUGGAUCCCCAACAACGUCAAGACCGCCGUCUGCGACAUCCCACCCAGGGGACUCAAGAUGGCAGCCACCUUCAUCGGCAACAGCACGGCCAUCCAGGAGCUGUUCAAGAGAAUCUCCGAGCAGUUCACGGCUAUGUUCAGGCGCAAGGCUUUCCUGCAUUGGUACACAGGAGAAGGCAUGGAUGAGAUGGAGUUCACCGAGGCCGAGAGCAACAUGAACGACCUGGUGUCCGAGUACCAGCAGUACCAGGAUGCCACCGCUGAGGAGGAGGGCGAGUUUGAGGAGGAGGGAGAGGAAGAGCUGGCUUAAGUCUCCUAAUAUAUGUGUUUUCCAGGCUGUAUCAUUUUGCUCUUGUACAAGGAAACAAAACGUUCCAAAGCUGAAUUUUCUUUUUUCCAUUCUCGUCUCUCUUGUUUGUACAGAUGUCAUUAAAAGCUUUUUCUUCUGUUAAAA